AUGAAACAGAUAUGCACCAUGAUGAGGGUAAUGAGGGUGAUACAAGAAUACACGAAAAUGAAAAAUACUGCUAGUGAAACCUGUUUAUCUACCACGAUGAUGUGUAUUCGUGGAGCUCGUGAGAUGGAGGAGGAGCUAGGGGCGGCAAAAAAGCAGUUAGAGGACCUCAUGUUAGACCAGGUGGAGUUUUUUUCUUACUCUUUAGAAAACGUGGGUAAUGGCAUUAACACUGCUGCAGGGCAGAUAGAUUUAAAUAUUAUCGAUGAGAUAUUGUCGGAGGAUAGUUUUGACUCUGACGAUGCAGUUUUCUUUCGCGUGGCCGAAGAGGAUCCUGUUCCCAAGCCCACCGAAAUCGGUAGUAGUCUUGCUGUAUUGGUAAGCCAAAACUCCGCACUGGCGAUGAUGCGUUCAAAGGUCAGCCAAUUAAAGCGUCGCUAUAAAAUGGACGGAUUUGAUCUUGACUUGACAUACAUUACUCCGCGGUUAAUUGCCAUGGGAUUUCCUGCAUGGGGCACGGAGAAAUAUUAUCGGAAUCCCAUUGAUCAGGUAGAACUUUUUCUUGAGAGCAAGCAUGGAGGUCACUAUCGUAUUUACAAUCUAUGUUCCGAGCGACCGGAGUAUGAUUCCCCCAAACGGUUUCAAGGGAAAUUUAAGCGGUUUCCGUUUGAUGACCAUAAUGCUCCGUGCCCUAUAAGUCUUGUGAUUGAUUUUAUCCGCGAUGCCACAUCGUUUUUGGAGGAAGACGCAAAAAACGUUGUGGUUGUACACUGCAAGGCGGGGAAGGGUAGAACAGGAGUGAUGGUUUCAUGUCUACUACGUUCACUUGACCCUAUUGGCAUUCCUGACGCAAAGGAGGCCUUGCGUGUGUUUGGCAACGCACGGACGUACAAUGGCCUUGGCGUGACCAUCCCUUCACAGUGUCGGUAUGUGUACUACUACGAUCGUAUAGUACGGGACUUUGGUGGACAACUCCCACCGUCCCGCCCAAUAAAACUCUACCAGAUUAUCGUCGAUUCCAGUAUCAAGUCUUGUGGUCAGGUGGAUGUGUAUUUCACUGUGGAAGAAAACGGUGUGAUGAAAAUUGACUCCCGCCACUUGUUUCACGGGGGACUUAAAAGGGAUCCAAAGGGAUUUUUCUUUCUCUUUGAGGAGGAACCGACGCUUCAGGGCGACUUGCGUUUUACUUUCCAUCAGCGUCACCGCCUUUUCAAUGAGGAACUUUUCUAUUUCUGGAUAAACACCUCUCUCUGUAGUAAUUAUGAGCGUUUCUCGCUUAAAGAUCGUGAGCUGGAUGGACGACUCUCGAAGGGAAAAGAUGGAGACACAUUUUGUAAGGAUCUGGCGGUUAAUGUGAUUUUUGUGGAUUAA